UGAUGCACUUGGGCGAGACGACGAAGGCCUCUUUUUACGCAACGAGCAGGCUAUAAAAGCUAUCGUGCCGCAUCGCGCGGCCGCAUUCCAGCGCGCGAAGAGUUGCACUCCAUCGCUGCGCGUCGUAAUAGCUAGCAGAGCAAGUCAGCCUAGCUCCCAGCGCCUGCAACGCGAGCAGCGCACCGUCGCGAGACGAGCCGGGCGCGCAUUAGGCGUCGUCACAGACCUCUCGAUAAGUAGCGAGCUCCGCGCCGCCGCCGCGCACAAGCACCAUGUCGAUCAACGAUGAAUUAAUAUGGCAGCAGCUCAACGGCCAGUUCUGCUCCUUCAAGGCCAAGGUGCAGACGCAGAACUUCUGCAGGAACGAGAUGAACGUGACUGGACUUUGUAACAAGUCGGCCUGUCCGCUGGCGAACAGCCGGUACGCGACGAUCCGGGAAAUUGAUGGACGGUGCUAUUUGAUGGUGAAGACCAUUGAAAGGGCCCACUUACCAUCUAGACUGUGGCAGAAGAUACGACUCCCGAGGAAUUAUGCGGCUGCGUUGUCGAAAGUCACGGAGGAGCUCGAGCAUUUCCCGAAGUACCUGCAACACCGAAACAAACAGCGGUUGACGCGGAUCCACCAAUAUCUCAUGAGGAUGCGCAAAUUAGCAUUGCGGUCUCGACCUACUCUGACCACGGUAAAAAAGAAGGUCGAGCGGCGCGAAGACCGCAAGGAGGUCAAGGCUCUAGCGGCCGCCAAGCUCUCGAAGUCCAUCGAAGCCGAAUUGUUACAGAGGUUAAAACAGGGUACUUAUGGCGACAUCUACAAUUUCGAAAGUACGGCCUGGAACGAGGCGCUCGACAAGGAACAACAGGCGCAGGAGGAGAGCGAGGACGAGGACGAGGAGGAGCUGCGGGAGAUGAUCGAGUACUGCGAGCAAUCAGAGUCCGAGGACGAGAUCGAGGACGUCGCGGAUCGGUUGAGUGAGCCCGUGGUACCUGUGAAGAAGCGGAAGGCGCCUUCUUCUAGGGCGCGCGUCGCGAUCGAGUACGACGACGAAGAUAGUGAAGCUGAGGCCGAGCCGGUCGCGGCGAUGGCGUUUUAGGGCUCCACGGCCGGUGGAGGGGUAAUUGUGAUUAGUUGA